CCAACGGUCAGUGAGAGACACCGAGACCGGGAGGCGCAGAGACACCGGAGAGGGACCGAGCGCUAGCUGGUGCGCACAAAAGAGACGCCGGAUACUACACACAGGUCAGACAGCCAUGGGCCUGGCCGCAGGAGGGGCACCCGGGGCUCAGAGGAGACGUUAGGCUAAUCCCCCGUACACGGUGGGGGAGGAGGGAGACAAGUCUCUGCUGUGGCAGCGCCCGGGCCAGAGGCCUCACAAGAGGUGGAGCUGGAGGUACAAGUGUGGGACGACACAACUGUUAGAAGCAUGGUUGAAGCGCAGGGAUUCAUUCUGCACACAGACGGAGUGGUGGUGAUAACUGCCUGCCCCCUGAAAUAAAGAUUCAAACUUACCCGCUCCCUGCUGCUCCGGUCCUCUUUGCUGCCUUUGCUGUGUCCAUGUGUUGGUCCAGCCAAUGGCCACAAGCAGCAUGUCACCGAUGAAGCCAUGGUCAUGCACCGCAAAUAGAAAGCAAUGCAGGGAUUGGAAGAUGGACAAUGUGGAGGCUAAGCGGAGGACCGCAGCAGUGGAGCAGAACAAUAUGAACCGUGAAGAACGGAACGUGCUGCGUAUGAAAGAAAGGGAAAGGCGAAAUCAAGAAAUCCAGCAGGGCGAAGAGGCCUUUCAAUCUACUUCUCCUCUCUUUGCUGAACCUUAUAAAGUUACAAGCAAGGAAGAUAAAUUAUCAAACCGAAUCAAGAGUAUGCUGGGAAACUAUGAUGAGAUGAAGGAUAUGAUAACUGACCCACCUUUGUCACUUGGAAUUUCCAAGCACACCGCCCCACCCCCUCCAUCAGAUGAUAAAUCAGGACAAGUCUUCUAUGCGGAUCAGAGACAUAGUUCUUCACACCAGAGCAGUAAAUGGACUCCUGUGGGGCCUGCAGCAGGCACGUCUUCUCAGUCCCAGAAACGCUCCUCAUCAGGUUCACAAGGCGGACAUAGGAGCAGCAGUGGCAGCAGCAAUCAAAGGCAUGAUAGGGAGCCCUAUAGCAGUAGCCGGAAAAAGGGUCAACAUGGGUCAGACCACUCAAAAUCACGGUCCAUCAGCCCAGCAAAGCAGGCUGCUUUAAAUUCUAGCCAUUCCCGUUCUCAUGGGAUUGAUCACCACAGCAAAGAUCGUCCACGCUCCAAAUCUCCAAGAGACCCAGAUGCUAACUGGGAUUCCCCUUCUCGAGCACCUUCAUUCUCAAGUGGACAGCACUCCUCACAAACAUUUCCACCAUCUUUAAUGUCUAAAUCUAGCUCAAUGUUGCAGAAACCUACAGCUUAUGUACGGCCGAUGGAUGGGCCGGAAUCUAUGGAACCCAAAUUGUCCACUGAACACUACAGCAACCAGUCUCAAGGCAAUAGCAUGAGUGAGCUGAAGUCCUCUAAAGCACACUUAACAAAACUGAAGAUCCCUUCUCAGCCACUGGAUGCCUCAGCAUCUGGUGAUGUUAGCUGCGUGGAUGAAAUUCUAAAAGAGAUGACCCACUCAUGGCCACCCCCUCUGACUGCAAUCCAUACCCCAUGCAAGACUGAGCCUUCGAAAUUUCCAUUCCCUACAAAGGAAUCUCAACAAUCAAACUUUGCCAACACUGAUCAAAAGAGAUACAAUGUAUCGAAAGGUCAUCAACCAAAAUCCUUGCUGAAGGAGGACUUAAAGCUCAGCAGCAGUGAAGACAGCGAUGGAGAUCAGGACUGUGAUAAAGGUGUCCCAACCAACACCCCAGUAAGUAACUCUGAGCCAUCACAGCUUAACAGCGAAGGGGCAGAGAAUUCCAGGGAUGAUUCAAGCAGUCACAGCGGAUCAGAGAGCAGUUCCGGGUCAGAUUCUGAAAGUGAAAGCAGUUCCAGUGAUAGCGAGGCUAAUGAACCCUCCCGCAGUGCCUCUCCUGAGCCUGAGCCUCCACCAUCAAAUAAAUGGCAACUGGAUAAUUGGCUGAAUAAAGUUAAUCCUCAUAAAGUGUCUCCUGCAUCUUCAGUAGAGAGUAAUAUUCCUUCAUCACAAGGAUACAAAAAGGAUGUUCAAGAGCAGGUAACUGGAGCAAAUUACACAGAACCCAGUGGGCCAAAGGAGUCUAGCAACUCUACCCCUAUCAGAGACUCUAAGUCAGCCCAAAAAGGAUCAGAGGGAAGUCGUGGAAGGCAAAAGUCUCCAGCUCAAAGUGAAAGUACAUCUCAGAGGAGAAAUGUUGCGAAAAAACAACCAAAAAAACCCGAAAAGACAACUGUAGAGGCCCCAAGACGAGAUCUCAAAAUUGAAAGCGUGACAACGGCAGAAACUACCACAAAUCUGCCUGCUAAUCGCCAUAAAGCGGCCACAAAAGGGUCCAGAAAACCCAGCAUAAAAAAAGAACCCAAGUCAUCACCUCGGCCUGCAGCAGAAAGGAAAAAAUACAAGAACUCAAGUAAACCCUCUCAAAAAUCCAAGGAGUUUAUUGACACUGAUACCUCAUCUUCUGAUUCAGAUGAAAUUGAAAGCCUUCCGCCUUCAUCCCAAACCCCCAAAUAUUCCGAGAGCAAUAGGACUCCUCCAGCUAAACCCUCCGUUGAGGAGGACGAUACCAUUUUUCGGCAACGAUUCUUCUCUCCUAUGGAAGAGAAGGAGCUUCUUUCCCCCUUAAGUGAGCCUGAGGACAGAUACCCACUUAUUGUUAAAAUUGACUUGAGCCUGUUAUCACGGAUACCAGGGAGGCCUUUUAAAGAGACAGAACCACUGAAGGUGGAAAAGACUGCAUCAGAGAAGCAUCCGAAAGAAACCCAAAAACAGACAGAUAAAACUUCCAGCAAGGGAAAGAGGAAACACAAGAACGAAGAAGAGGUCAGGGGUAAUGAUAGCAAGAAACAGAAACUGGAGGAAAAGUCAUCAAACCACAAGACGUCCAGCAAAGAGUCCACUAAACAGAAUCCAGUGAAAGAAAAAGAUCCGCUUCCCUCUCCGGCCCCUCCUGCACUACAGAAGGAUUCAAAGACGGAGCGGAAGAGAACAGUUAGUCAGUCGUCCUCCCUGAAAUCAGGCAGCAGUGGCAGCACUAAGGAUACUAGCUCCAAAAGUAACUCUUCCGCCAAGCAAAGAAAGACCGAAGGGAAAUCUGCCAACACUACAAAGGAGCCCAAGGUGAAGGAGAAAGCUUCAAUUAACUCUGCUGCAGUUGCCUUUGUUCCUCCAAUUGAUAACAAAUCCCGAAAAGCAAAGCUGACUUUUGAAGACAGGAAUCAUUCAGCUGACCAUUAUUUACAAGAAGCAAAGAAGCUCAAGCACAAUGCGGAUGCUCUGUCUGACAGAUUUGAAAAAGCAGUAUACUACCUUGAUGCUGUGGUUUCCUUCAUCGAGUGUGGGAAUGCAUUGGAGAAAAGUGUGCAAGAGUCAAAAUCCCCCUUUCCUAUGUACUCUGAGACUGUGGAGCUGAUUAAGUAUACAAUGAAACUGAAAAGUUCUUUAGCACCAGAUGCUACAGCAGCUGAUAAAAGAUUGGCUGUUCUUUGUCUUCGAUGUCAGUCCCUCCUGUACUUGAGAUUGUUUAAACUGAAGAAAGAGAGUGCACUGAAGUAUUCAAAAACCUUAACGGAGCACCUAAAAAAUUCUUACAAUAAUUCACAAGCUCCAUCGCCGGGUUUGGGAAGUAAGUCUGUCAGCAUGCCUUCUCCCGUGUCUCCAAAGCUGUCUCCUGGUAGUUCCAACAGCUACACUUCCAGUGUGUCUAGUUCAUCGGGUGGUACGUCGUCUGUAACUAUUCCACAGAGGAUUCACCAAAUGGCAGCCAGCUAUGUCCAGGUCACAUCCAAUUUUAUUUAUGCCACUGAGAUUUGGGACCAAGCUGAACAGCUCUGUAAAGAGCAAAAUGAUUAUUUUACAGAACUGGAUAAAGUAAUGGGCCCCUUGAUCUUUAAUUCAAGCACCAUGACAGAACUGGUACGCUACACUCGUCAAGGCCUGCAUUGGUUGCGCUUAGAUGCUGGUUUGAAGCAUUAAGGACCCAGAAUAUUUUCUUGCUGCCUCUCUAUUUUUCCACAACACUGUGUCCUGUUGAGAAGGAAGACUGCCAUAACAUACUGUCUGGCUGGUGCUGAGGAUGAACCGCUCCGCACAACUUUGUUUCAGCCAUAACCAUGUAACACUUUCCUGAUCAUCUUGCUGAGAGACACAUGCUGAAGCUUCACUUUUUAUUUAAGAAUAGAAAACUAUUUAAACUAUUUUUCAUAGCAUUAUGAAUGUUAUUUUUUUUUUUCCAUCAUUUUACAGAGGAAUCGAUAUUCCUGAUAUCAUGCACGAUAACUUUUUAAAACUAUUUAUUUUAUAAAGCUUAUUGCAAAUGUAAAAAGUACAGGGAAGCAGUGUCCUUCCCUUGUCUAUGGUCAAACCGUCGUCAGUGUCGGGGGGGACGUUGGAUCCCCACCUGUAGUAAGUAGUAUUUUCCACAGACCACUCAUCUAUGUUUACUGAUCGCUGUGACGUGUCACAGGGUUGGACCGAGUGACACCUUAAAUCCUGUCUUUUAGCAGUGAAAGGGGGUUGUGCAGUUUUUAAUAUAUCUCCUAUCAAAUUAGCCUUCCAAACUCUUUAUUAUACAACAUAUGCAUUUUUUUUUUAAUGGUUUGUGGGCUUUGUCACUUUGUACUGUCUUACCGUGUUAGAGAAGAGAAUAAGCAGCAGUGCAUUUUAGUAUAGCGAUAGGUACUUUCAUACAUGUCAUUUAGGACCUGUGAAAUGAUCAUAUUAUUAAGAAGAAAAAAGCAGAACAGAGCGCGCACAUCAGAUUUAAGAGCCAAUAUAAGCAAGAGACUAUAUAUAGAGAGAGAGAAAUAUAUGGAAAUAUAGAAGUAUUAUUGAGUGGGCGAUGAAGGACUGCUCUAGACCACAUAAAACACUAUUUUACAAUCAGUAUGAUACAUAGUUUGUAUGAAAGGCAAUCUUCAGAUUGGGUAACAGGGUAUGAUUUAUUAUACAUAAUCUAUCAAUGAUGGAGUCACGUUAACUAUGUCAGGUAUUGAAUCACUCUCUUGUAUUCCCCCAGUAUUCUGUGCAGAGUGUAGAAUAUUAAAAUGUUGAGAUAUACAGAAGUGUAGCUGGUUUUCAGCUGAUGGCAGAGAAACACUGUGUAAUGUGAAGCAAGGCUUCUCUGUAUUUAGCCCAUGAAAUGGGAUCCUUUGGAUUUUAACAUGGAGGUCUGCAAGACCUUCUUGGUAGGAUGUACCUACAAAAUGUAUUAGCCCUGGUGCCAAGAAACGUUAAGGUCUUUAACGUGUAGCUCAAUUAUGAAUUGCUUUUAUACGGGAGAAAGGAUGUUCUACUCUUAUUGGCAUGGACAUAUAAUCCUCAGCGUGUACAGUGUUUUUGCUCUUCAGAAGUGAAAAUGGUGCUUGAACAAUUGGGCAGUAUCUUCUAGUGACGGUCAGCAGCAGUGCCCUGGGUACUGCGCGCAAUACUUUUUAGGCUGCUUUCACAUUUAGCAUUUUUUGCGGAUCCGUCAUGGAUCUGCAAAAACGCUUCUGUUACAAUAACGCAACCACAUGCAUCCGUCAAGAACGGAUCCGGUUGUAUUAUAUCUUCUAUA